AUGGUGGUGCAUGACGACGCAGAUCCGCCGUGUUGCGUGACGGGUGUGGAUAUGUGUAUGGGUGUGUGCGGAUGCUUACGGGGCGCCACAUGCAACGUCCGAUCUGCAUCGAAUACAGCCGUAGCCGUAGCCGUAGCAGUAGCAGUAGGACCGCGUGCCCUCGUCGUCGUCGCUUCUUGGCUCUCUGCAUCGUCAUGGGCUGGGCCGGCCAGUCAGGAUGCACAGAGGUUGCUUGGCCUGGCCAACCCGCCAAUCCCCCCCUAUAGGCGAGAGGCGGGGCACGACCUCUAUCCGGAGCCGCCCAUGAACAGUUUCCACAGUACCCAGUCACACCCGUACGACAGGGGAGGGGACCCCCUCCCACCCGGCCCCAUGUCGUGCUUCUUCGAAACUUUUUUCCGGUGGUUUUGUUCGGAAAAUGGCUCGCGCACUCCGGCUCAGCUUGCCCGCAAAAAGAGAUCUACGGUGAUCUCUGCCAGGUACCGGGCAUCAUCAUCAUCAUCAUCAUCAUCAUCCACAUCCACAUCCACAUCCACCAAUUGA